AUGGGCAGUGAGGAGGUGGAACAGUUUCGUAACAACGUCUCUAUUAAAAUGUCCGAACCUCCCUGGAACUACAAUGCGACGCUCGCGUCUGACAAAAAAGGGUCAGAAUACUCCCCGUUUCUACAUGACGUGGUGUACUUGUAUAUGCUGAUACUGAACGAGACAGUAACAGAGGGCAGCGACCAUAGGAACGGAACACUUGUCUUUAACAAAGCAAAGGGAAAGACGUUCAGAGGUAUCACCGGCAACGUCCAGGUAGAUUCUAAUGGAGACAGAGAACCAGAUUACUGGAUCUGGGAUAUGACCGACUCCGGAUCUCGGUUUGAAGUGGUCCUGGAAGCCCAGAUGACCAGCUCGGAGACACAGAAGAUCCGUGUAGUGAAGACGAUACAAUGGAGAACAGAGGACGGCCAGCCUCCGACUGACAGUCCAAAGUGUGGGUUCUUUGGAGAAUUGUGUCCAACGGUAACGAGAGGUUCCUUAACCUACAUCAUCGCUGGUGUGGUUGUGGUUCUGGUAGCAGUAGUUGGAUUAGGAGUGGGACUAUUCAUGUACAGACGGGCACGAUACGAAAGACAGCUUGAACUACAACUUUGGAAAGUAGAAUAUGAGGAUAUCAAAGUAACCAAGUCCCGAGCAUUUGGAAGCAUCAGCCAGCUCAGCCUGAAUACAAUAGCGUCGAUAAACGUGUCCAGUGGUCGCCUCUCUGAUAAUUCCGCUGGUGGUGACCAGCAGGUUUUCUGUAAGAUCGGGAUGUACAAACAUACAGUUGUUACUAUCCGGUCUCUGUCACACAAGAAGGCCACCAGCCUCGAACGCCAGGAUCUGAAGGACCUGAAAGCUGUAAGAACUCUUCCGAAAAACUUAAUCGCAAAGGUUUAG